GUGGUCGGGGCGUGACAGGGGCGUGGCCUCACGGGGCCAGGAGGUCUGCAGGGGCCGCAGCUGUCGCGCCAGUAGGAAAAGGAGCGGGUUGAGGCGCAGCCGGAUUCCGCCAUGGAGCAGCCGAGGAAGGCGGUGGUGGUGACAGGAUUUGGGCCUUUUGGGGAACACACCGUGAAUGCCAGUUGGAUUGCAGUUCAGGAGCUGGAAAAGCUAGGCCUGGGUGACAGUGUGGACCUGCAUGUGUACGAGAUUCCGGUUGAGUACAAGACAGUCCAGAGACUCAUCCCUGCCCUGUGGGAGAAGCACAGUCCGCUGCUGGUGGUGCACGUGGGGGUGUCAGGCAUGGCGACCACAGUCACACUGGAGAAAUGCGGACACAACAAGGGCUACAAGGGGCUGGACAACUGCCGCUUCUGCCCUGGCUCCCAGUGCUGCGUGGAAGACGGGCCUGAAAGCAUUGACUCCAUCAUCGACAUGGACGCUGUGUGCAAGCGAGUCACCACGUUGGGCCUGGAUGUGUCGGUGACCAUCUCACAGGAUGCAGGCAGAUAUCUCUGCGACUUUACCUACUACACCUCUCUGUACCAGAGCCACGGUCGAUCAGCCUUCGUCCAUGUGCCCCCGCUGGGGAAGCCGUACAACGCCGACCAACUGGGCAGGGCGCUGAGAGCCAUCAUCGAGGAGAUGCUGGACCUUCUGGAGCAGUCAGAGGGCAGCAUCAGCUACUGCCACAAACACUGAGGGACGCUCAGGUCUCCUAAGACCUCCUGCUGGGGACCCCACAAGGGGACGUCCACCCUCUGGGGCGUGGCCAGGAGGAAACAAACUCCUCAGCUUGGGGAUCCGAUCUGGAAGAGAUUCUAAUGUGCCCACCUCCUCUUCCUCCUUCUCUACAAAAGCUCCGGUCGAUUUGAGGGAAGCAGCUGAAGAUUUUUUUUUCUCCAUUUUCCUCCCUGCGUCUGGAGACACAGCUGCCUUGGCCAGGGAGGCCAGCCUGGGGGGUCCAGAUGCCCAGAGAGGAUCUCCGCUGGAUCCACGUGCUGUGAUCCCAUGGCCAGGCCACGAGUUCUCACCUGCUUUCCUGUCCAUUGGCGAAGGAAUUUCAGAAUUCAUUUUACACACAUGACUGGCUUUUCCGAAAUUUAAAAGCCUCUUGAAGAGUACUUGACCUUGAACUGUGCUCAACAGCCUGGCCCUUUCUGGGGCCACCUUGGAAAAUAGUGUAUUUUUUUUCUUUUUUUCUUCUCUCUCUCUCUUUUUUUUUUUUUAACGAUAGUGCUAGUUUGGGCACAGAGUAACUUAUAUUCCCUUUGGUUAAAAUGCAGGCUUUUUAGCCAACAACAGGUCUUUCCCCCACCCCCAGGGUGAGGCCACUUUUCCCUCCUGCCCUGAAAAUUGGACUUAAAAUGCCAUGUUGGCCAGGCACAAUGGCUCAUGCCUGUAAUCCCAGCACUUUGGGAGGCCGAGGUGGGCGGAUCACUUGAGGUCAGGAGUUCAAGACCCACCUGGCUAGCACAGUGAAACCCCAUCUCCACUAAAAAUACAGAGUAGCCGGGCAUGGUGGCUCGUGUCUGUAAUCCCAGCUACUCAGGAGGCUGAGGCUUGAGAAUCGCUUGAACCCACGAGGCAGAGGAGCAGUGAGCUGAGAUCACACCGCUGCACUCCAGCCUGGGCCACAGAGCGAGACUCCAUCUCAGAAAAACAACUGGACUUAAGAUGCCCUAUGUUUGUUUUAGGGACAAAAAUGAGGGCUCCUUGGUUAAGGCGUGGGGUCCGUGGCCAGGCAACCGGUGGGACUGUGGCCCCAGGUGUGGCCACAAGAGGGCGUGGUCCUUUCCACACCGAGCUGUGAGCUGUUGCAUAGAGACUGGGCCACCGGUGGGAAGGCGGAUUUUGUCUGCUUUUGACUUUUCUUUUUUAAUAUGUAAAACUCCAGGCCGGGCACGGUGGCUCACGCCUGUAAUCCCAGCACUUUGGGAGGCCGAGGCAGGUGGAUCACGAGGUCAAGAGAUCGAGACCAUCCUGAUCAACCUGGUGAAACCCCGUCUCUACUAAAAAUACAAAAAAUUAGCUGGCACAGUGGCGCGUGCCUGUAAUCCCAGCUACUCAGGAGGCUGAGGCAGGAGAAUUGCCUGAACCCAGGAGGCGGAGGUUGCGGUGAGCCGAGAUCGUGCCAUUGCACUCCAGCCUGGGUAACAAGAGCGAAACUCCGUCUCAAAAAAAAGAAAAGAAAACUCCACAGCAGCAGAAAACCCACCAUCUGGCCUGGAGCUUCAAGAUCUUGGUGCCACGACGAGUUUAUUAUUCUCCUUAGCGGGGAUGGGAGGGGGGGACUCAAAACGGAGGCGUGGGAGCUGGAGUCUGCAGAGUUUGGCAUGUCCCAGCAUGUCUGAGCAAGAGGAAUUCCGGGCGGCUGGGGUUUUUAUGUAGCUUGGUUUUGGACACUCGCCCAGGAGUCAGGAGUCAAUUCUCUCACUUCCUGGUAACCUUGAACUUACCAGGCAGGGAGGACGGUCACGUUCCCCAGGGGAUCUAACUUCAGCCAGAUCUUGACACCCAUCAGAGAGAGAGGGUGACCCCCACAGUGAAACUGAUUGAGUGAAAUGCACGCUCUGGAAGUCACUUUCUAUUUUGGCGGGGGAAAUGUGGCUGUACUGUUUUCCUGAGUGUGGCACAGAGGAAUCUGAUCUUGCUUUCCUACCAUUGAGGUUGAUUUUUUUUUUUUUUUUUUUUUCUCUGUGAUAGGGUCUUACUCUGUUGACCAGGCUGGAGUACAGUGGUGUGAUCACAGCUCACUGCAGCCUCAGCCUCCCAGGUUCAAGUGAUCCUCCCAUCUCAGCCUCCUGAGCAGCCGAGACCACAGGCAUGCACCACCACACCUGUAAUUUUUCAGUUUUUCCAACAGGGCUUCACCAUGUUGCCCAAGCUGGUCUCGAACUCCUGGACUCAAAGCGAUCCUCCCUUCCUGGCCUCCCAAAGUGCUGGGAUGACAGGCGUGAGCCACAGCUGCAAGUUCUGUUUUGUUUUCUUCAGCGUUCACCUUCCUUGUCUAGUUCAGAUGCUGGCUGUGGUUCCUGCCUCUGCUGCUCUUUUAUAGCGUUUGGGAACUGGGUUGAUGGAUUUCUGUGAAACACGUUUUCCAAGUGCUGGGCUUUCUCUGGAGGGGUAUGUGGAUGCUGGCAGGUGCCUUGCCAUGGGCACCUGGCGUCGGGUGUGGACAGUGGCCUGCAGGUGGAACUGAGUAGGGACUCUUGUUCCCACCAUGCCAGCCUUAUUUUCACUGGAAAUGCCCCCUCCACGUCCCUGGUAGCUCUCUAUCCUGAGAAAUCUGGAGUGUGACAGACAUUGCUGCCUCUGUCCCCCCAGCAUCUGUGAAGGGAAGUUCAGGACCAGCCUGGGCAAUGCAGCAAGAGACCCCACAUCUACCAAAACAUACAAAACUUAGCCAGAUGUGGUGGUGCCUGUGGUCCCAGAUACCUGGGAGGCUGAGACAGAAGGAUCAUGUGGCCUCUUUUGGAAGUGGGAAAAACUCAAGACUCAGGGAUCCCCCAGAGGUCUCUUGGGAGAAUAACUUCAGGCUUCCUCUUGCUCUGUUCCUCAAAGGUCUGGUCUGCGGGCCUCUGAAGAGAAAACGGGUCUAGCCAAGAUGGGAGCAAAAUGGGGAGAGGGGGGUGUGCCAGGCCUGAACUGAGCUAAGCGCCUGCCCCGGCUCCACACUUAUCUUUCUUUUGUCUUCAUUUCACCUCUGUGUUUAAAGCACUGUGUGACUUAGCUCCUUAGAGAUAUAAUUUACUGUCUGCUCAUUGUCGAGUGUGUGUGUGUCAUCUUCACGUUCUUGCAGCGGUUUAACAUUUUCUCGUCAAGGCAGUAUCUCAUCCUUCCCCAUCAUGCACAGCAUUUGGCUCAUUUUAAUUUUCUCAUUGUUAAUUUUUUGUUUUGUUUUAUAGAGAUGGGGUUUCACCAUGUUGGUCAGGCUGGUCUUGAACUUCAGACCUCAGGUGAUCUGCCCGCCUUGGCCUCCAAAGUGCUUGGAUUACAGGCAUGAGCCACCAUGCCCAGCCUAAUUUUUUUUGAGACAGAAUCUCGCACUGUCACCCAGGCUGGAGUGCAGUUGUGUGAUCUCUGCUCACUGCAACCUCUGCCUCACAGGUUCACACAGUUCUGCCUCAGCCUCCUGAGUAGGUGGCAUUACAGGUGCCACCACACCUGGCUAAUUUUUUGUAUUUCUAGUAGAGACAGGGUUUCACUAUGUUGGCCAGUCUGGUCUCAAACUCCUGACCUGGUGAUCUGCUCACCUCAGACUCCCGAAGUGCUGGGAUUACAGGCACGUGCCACCACACCUGGCUGAGUUUUUUAAUAAUUUUUUUUUUUUUUAGUGGAACUCAUCUAUGCACUCUAUGAUGUGUUUUUCCACCUUUGUGGGAUCUCAUCUUAAAAUAUCCUCAUGUGGGCUAGGCGUGGUUCCUCACACCUGUAAUCCUAGCACUUUGAGAGAUUGAGGCAGGAGGAUCCCUUGAGCCCAGGAGUUCAAGACCAGCCUGGGCAAUACAGCGAGAGACCCCAUAUCUACAAAAACAUACAAAAAAUUAGCCAGAUGUGGCGGUGCAUGCCUGUGGUCCCAGAUACUCAGGAGCCUGAGGCAGGAGGAUCACCUGUACCUGGGAGGUUGAAGCUUCAGUGGUGAGCCAUGAUCACACCAGUGUACUCCAGCCUGGGCGACAGAGCAAGACCCUGUCUUUAAAAAAAAAAAAAAAGCCGGGCGCGGAGGCUCAUGCCUGUAAUCCCAGCACUUUGGGAGGCCAAGGCCAGUGGAUCAUGAGGUCAAGAGAUGGAGACCAUUCUGGCCAACACAGUGAAACCCGUCUCUACUAAAAAUACAAAAGUUAGCUGGGUGUGGUGGCAUGCACCUGUAAUCCCAGCUACUUGGGAGGCUGAGGCAGGAGAAUUGCUUGAACCCUGGAGGUAGAGGCUGCCGUGAGCCAAGAUUGCACCAGUGCACUCCAGCUUGGUGACAAGAGCAAGACUCCGUAUCCAAAAAAAAGUCCUCAUGCAAGAAGGUAGGGACCAAAUCCCAUUUCCUCUCCCCUGUCAUUUUCAGAGCCUCGGGUGGGGGCUGCAGGUGGCACAGAAAAGGUCUGCAGAGUGAGUGGGACUUGGCAGGUGUUGGGGAGUGGAAUGGACGUGGCGAGUGUCAGUGGUGGAAGGAGGGGCUGAGGGGUGUGAUGGGAAGGCUGGGGGGAAGGGUGAGAAGUGAUUGUGGGGCUUCCCUGAUGAGCCCUCAUGGAGGGUGCUGAGGUGGGGGCGGGGGCGCAGGGACAGUGAUCGGGAGCAGCUUGAUGAUGGCAUCUCUUAAGAUGCCCAACACUACGGACUUUUAUUCCUUUAUUAGACCCCUAGUACCCCGCCCCCAUCCCAAAGAAGGUCAGUGGCAUGUAUGUGGAGACGUAGCUUGAAAAAUAAGGUGGAGUGUAAAGGAAAGAAAAGCAGCAGCAGGAAUUCAAGGUGGAUGGGCUGAGCUUGGGGCCCAUCUGCUCCAAUCAAGGGCUGGAGCAAGCCUAAGGCCACUUGGAAAGGCUGGGCAGCGGCAGCGGCAGGGGCAGGGGCAGGGGUGGGGGCCGGAAUCACAGCUUCCCCUUCAGAGCCAGAUCUUUGGAGGAGAUGUUCCGGAUGGCAGUAGCUUCUCGGUAAGGAAGGAUACCCAGGAGACGGUUCUGUCUGCAAUCCCAGCGCUUUCGGAGGCUGAGGUGGGAGGAUCGCUUGAACCCAGGAGUUCAAGACCAGCCCUGGGCAACAAGGCGAGACCCCCAUCUCUACAGAAAUUUUAAAAAAAAAGUAGCCAGGUGUGGUGUUGAGCACCUGCAGUCCCAGCUACUUGGGAGGCUGAUUUGGGAGGCUCCUCCGAGCCCGGGAGGUGGAGGCUGCAGUGAGGUGUGAUUGCACCAUCCUGGGCAACAGAGCAAGACCCUGUCUCAAAAUGAAGAGAGAGAAAAAAAAAAGGGUCCGGCUCAGUGGCUUGUGCCUGUUAUCCCAGCACUUUGGGAGGCCAAGACAGGCUGAUCACUUGAGGCCAGGAGUUUGAGACCAGCCUGGCCAACAUGGCAAAACUCCGUCUCUACUAAAAAUACAAAAGCUAACCAGGAGUGGUGGUGCACACCUGUAAUCCCAGCUACUCCGGAGGCUGAGGCAGGAGAAUCACUUGAACUUGGGAGGCAGAGGUUGCGGUGAGCUGAGAUCACGCUGCUGCGCUCCAGCCUGGGGCCACGUAGCAAGACGCCAUCUCAGAAAAGAAAAAGGGAAUUCCCCUCUCUGCUCUUCUGCUCAUUGCUGGCAUAGAAACAUCUAGAACAGAAAGUAUUCACACUGGGGCAGAAGGGAGAGCUGGAAGAGCAGAUCCAAGAUGCCUUUUAGUUUUGGACCUUUGUGCCGGAAGCGAGACCAGCUGGUGUGUUUACACCCGCACGCCCGUGCCCAGGGCAGGUGACCAGGUGGAGGGUGGCAGCUCAUGGAAAUCUGCCCCUCACAGCAGCCCCCCUUUUGGCUGCCACCGUCUAGACUGUUGGCCUUUGACCUCCCCGCUUUUUGUAGCGUCUGAACCUAGAAGUGCCCCUUGGAAAGAGCCGGACAAAGCCCUAUUCUCCGUGGCCCCAGUGUCUAAUCCGAGGCGUCUGGGAGCGGCGUGAUCCUGCAGGGGGCAUGGGGUGCUGAUGAUGGUCGAGGAGGCAGAUUCUUUGCCAGGUUGCCCCAAGCGGCCGCACGUCCUCAGCAUCCUGACUUGAGGCCUUUGUUUUAAUGACCUGGAUUAAAUUUCCCUUCCCUGGGCACAAGUGCCUCAUAAGGGCCCGGGGCUGCUGGCUGAGAGGAAAAGCAUCCCUGUUUUUGGAGUGAGGAGGAAGGCUGAGGGCUGGGGUUCCACUUAGACCCUCAGCAGAAUGGCUGCUGGAGGGGCAGGCGAUGCCCAGCACCCACGUCUGGAAAGCUAAUUCCCGGGUGGACACUAAACAUACCCGCUGAGAGACUGUCACCUGGUUUCCAGGACAGUUGUCACCAGCGGAGUGGCAGGGGACUCCCAGGCCUUGAGGGACCUAGUCCCGCCUCAAACUGCUCCCCCUCCCCCAUAUUCCCUUUCUCUGCCUCCUCUGUCUCCCCCCAGUUACCCACAGAAGUGCCUGCCUCUCCAGGGCUCACAGACAACACAAAAAGGGGACAGGAAUGGGUCACUGGGCGGUGGCUGUGUCUCCUCACUACCCAGACCAUCGUCUCACAAAGGCCAUUCACAGAGGUGGGGGCUGGGGGGGCUUUUGUGUCCUGACACUUUGUCUCAAGGAAAUCCCACAGAGGGAUUUGAAUUAGGCUUUCUGCUCGCCAAGGACUGUGGCAUCGGAGCCUGGCUGAGAGCCUGCAACCCGCCCCCCACCCCCCCGCCCUGCCCCCUGCAUUUGGAAGCCAAGUUCACUCUGUCUGCCCAGGGAAGCACCAGCUUGUUUCUGGAGGCUCCUCCGACAGCUCAGGUUUUUAUCUUGUCUUAAACUUCCCUCUAGGAAAAAACCCUUCCCUGCCAAAGGCGACUGUGUGUUCUGUCCCCAGAGAAGGGCCCGGUCCCUCCAGCCUCAGUGUGGCUUCUCCCUGACCCCUUACCUGCCCCUUCCUGGAACUUUUGCCAGUGCCUUGUCUGAAACUCCUGUGUCCCAGACCCCCCAGGCAGAGAAGGAUCUGCCAGACUCUGCCUGGGGCUGGGCUCUAGGAGACCCCAAAUUUGACACCACAGAAAGCAAAUAAAACAGUUGAAAUAUA